AUGCCUCUGUGGUCUCUAGCUGCGGUUGGUUAUGUGAUCGGCCAAAUUUUUAUGGUAAAAUAUUUUGUAAUAUGGAGUUUGUCAUCUGCAGUUGCCAGAUUGGAUCAGAUAGUUACCGCUGAUCCUCCGUGUUGCAUCUCGCGAGUAUAUUCUUAUUCACAGAUGUGGAGGUUUUUUUAA